AUGGGGCAACAAACAAGGUUGCGAGAAAUUGGAGUUGGGAUAUUGCUGUCAAUUGGCGGUACUCUUUUCAUCAAUGUGUUUCUCAGUCGCAUCACUCGCCCAGGGAAAUUUCCAUCUCCACUUUUACCAAUUGAAGUGAAGAACAUACAACUCGGCAAACAUGGAAGUGACACCGGUGUCUAUGAUACCGAAGGAAGGUUUGUUCCUUCAAAAUUUGAAGAAAUUUUCAUUAAGCAUGCACAUACACAUCCAAAUGCUUUGACAUAUGAUGAGUUGAAAGAGAUGAUAAAGGCCAAUAGACAGCCAAAAGAUUUGAAAGGAAGGAUUGGAAGUUUUGUUGAAUGGCACCUCUUGUACAAGAUUGGUAAAGACAAGGACGGACUCCUACAGAAAGAAACUAUCCGAGGCGUUUAUGAUGGUAGCGUCUUUGAAAUACUGAAAAAGGAGCACUCAUCGGACAAAAAGAACUGA